UAAGGCGUAAGCACACAGACGGGGCACAGUUCAAGUGUGCACACGGCUUAAACAUGAAACUCCUAAUCGUAUCGUGCCUAGUGGCGCUGGCGGCGGCCGACGUGUCCCACCUCAGGCAGGCGCCAGGCGGCGAGGCCAGCGCCCAGAUCCUGAGGCAGGAGUCCGACAUCAGCCCCGAGGGCAACUUCCAGUACGCGUACGAGACAGACAACGGCAUUCAGGGACAGGCGCAGGGACAGAUCAAGGGCGCUGGUGAGGAAGCCGCCUUGGAGAUCCAAGGUCAGAACGGCUGGAAGACUCCCGAGGGUGAGCAGGUUCAGCUCCAAUACGUCGCUAACGAGAACGGCUACCAGCCUCAGGGCUCCCAUCUUCCCACCCCUCCCCCAAUCCCGGAAGCCAUCCUCCGUUCCUUGAAGUACAUCAGGGCGCACCCCCCACCACCAGAAAACUAAGUUAACAACAAAGUGAAGUGACCGCGUCUCUCUUAACGCUGCGCAGUUGCCUCGCGAGGCAACUUGAUCGCGGGACCGAUAAUAAAAUCUUCCCAACGAGGCAACAGCUUAAGCAACCUGUACGACCAGCCUUACGUUUUGACAGUUCAAAAUCACUUUAACUUUUAAAAGCUCGUAUGUCAGUAUGAUACUAAUACUGAGGUAUGACAUUUUGAAGAGUUAGUUAUUUUUGGUUGGAUUUUCUAGCUUUUGAGUUUAUGCUCAAAUUUGAUUUCACCUUCUAGUCAUAUUAUUCUAAUGCACAUAUUUUCUUAGCACUUCUGUAUCUUGAAGACGAAAGGUCAUUUCUAUGUAGAUAUAAUACUCAAUUGCCAUCUGAUCCUUGUAUAUAGUUAUGAUACCUGGAUUUUUUAAAUAAAUUUAUUUUGUAAA